CAGCCAAGAAAGUCCCACAUAUUCUCUUUGGUUCCUCUCUUAUCUGUUGUUCAAGUGGGACCCUUGCGAUACUAGCGACUGGUGUCCCGGGCUCAUAUAAAAUUUGUGUUCACUACUUCACUUGUCUCAGCCUUGGGCUAGCUAGGGAAGAAGAGGAGGAGAAGGAGCUUGCAUCUAUCUAUACUCUCUUAAGUUUCAACAACUUGUCAAGGGGGAAGAUGGAUUAUUAUUAUGGACCUGGGAGGAACCAUCUUUUUGUUCCGGGGCCAGUCAACAUCCCGGAACAGGUCCUUCGUGCGAUGAACAGGAACAAUGAGGACUAUCGCUCCCCGGCCAUUCCAGCAAUGACUAAGUCUUUGCUGGAGGAUGUCAAGAAGAUUUUCAAGACUACUUCAGGAACCCCUUUCCUUUUCCCAACCACAGGUACUGGUGCAUGGGAAAGUGCAUUGACGAAUACACUUUCACCUGGAGACCGAACUGUAUCAUUUCUCAUUGGUCAGUUCAGUUUGCUUUGGAUUGAUCAACAGCAACGCCUCGGCUUCAAUGUUGAUGUUGUUGAAAGUGAUUGGGGCCAAGGUGCCAAUCUUGAAAUUCUGGCAUCAAAACUUGCUGAAGAUACUACACAUACUAUCAAGGCUGUCUGUAUUGUGCACAAUGAGACAGCAACUGGAGUUACAAACAACUUGGCUACAGUUAGAAAAAUUCUCGAUCACUACCAGCAUCCAGCUCUUUUGCUUGUUGAUGGCGUGUCCUCCAUCUGUGCACUUGAUUUCCGUAUGGAUGAAUGGGGUGUGGAUGUGGCUCUAACUGGCUCCCAAAAAGCUCUUUCUCUUCCCACUGGAUUGGGAAUUGUUUGUGCAAGCCCCAAAGCUCUUGAAGCAUCCAAAACUGCAAAGUCGGUCAGAGUUUUCUUUGACUGGAAAGACUACUUAAAGUUCUAUAACAUGGGAUCAUACUGGCCAUACACUCCUUCCAUCCAACUAUUAUAUGGGCUGAGGGCAGCACUUGAUCUUAUCUUUGAGGAAGGGCUUGAUAACGUAAUUGCAAGGCACACUCGCCUCGCGAAAGCAACUAGGCUUGCUGUAGAGGCAUGGGGUCUGAAAAACUGUACUCAAAAGGAUGAAUGGUUUAGUGACACAGUCACUGCAGUUGUGGUACCGCCAUACAUUGAAAGUUCAGAAGUUGUUAAAAGGGCAUGGAAACGAUACAACUUGAGCUUAGGACUUGGACUUAACAAAGUUGCAGGAAAGGUUUUCAGGAUUGGUCAUCUAGGAAACCUAAAUGAGUUGCAACUGCUGGGAUGUCUUGCAGGAGUGGAGAUGAUCCUAAAGGAUGUUGGUUACCCCGUGCAGCUUGGUAGUGGAGUUGCAGCUGCUUCGGCAUACUUACAGAACAGCAUGCCGAUGAUUCCAUCCAGAAUUUGAGUUACAGAUGAAUUAAGUUCCUUUUCUCAACUCAUGUUGUGCAGAAUACCGUGUAAAAAAACAAACCUAAUAUUAUAUGCCUGUGGCAGAUGCUCUCUAGUAGGCUUGCUACUCUAUGCUUAUUGCAUUGAUCUGUAUCUACAUUUUAUGUCAAACUUAUUUUCCCUGUAAUAUCUCAUCUCAUCAAUUCUUCAAGACAUUUUAACAUAA